AUGGGAGACAACCUUAGUGAAUUAAUAUGUAAGUGUGAUCAUAGUAUUUUAGAAAGUUAUCAAUUUCCAGAUAAUAUUAAUAUAUAUUUUUUGAAUAGCAAUGAAAUUCAGAAUAAACUGAUAUCUCCAAAGUACUUUUUGUUUAGAUCUGGGAAUCGUAUUUCUAAAGAUUGGAUCAUUGGGAGGAUUUUAUUUUGUGAAGAUGGUAGAAUUUGGUUUAUACAAAGUAAUGAAGACUUAGCUAUUAAAUACAAUAAUUCUCAAUCUAGUAUUAUAAACUGUGAAAUAUCUGGUUUCUUUACUUCAAGCUUAUUUCUCCAAUGUAAGGUAACAAAAGUAUUUAAUUUGUCAUGCCUAAUUGCUAUUCGUGACUGGAAAAUUAUGGAAAUAUCAGCUAAAGAAACUAUAUCCCCUAAAAGAAAAUUACUAUCAUCAAUGUAUUUUUCUUGUAUAAAUUCUCCUUUAAAAAGUACCCAUAAUAAUAUAAAUGUAAUUAGAGAUAGAAUUUUGUGUUUAAAUGCUAAUACUAUAAUAUGGCUAUCAGAUAAGAAAUUAUCUUUUAAAAGUUCAUUAGGCAAUUAUUCUUUAAUUGGUAUAAUCAUACACAUAUCUCCUAUUAUAAGGAGUGUUAAUAAACAAAAGAGCAGUAUUAAAACUAUUGAUCAGUGCUUAGUUUAUCAAACUAAAAAUCAAGAUAACAAAUAUAAUAUAUUUGAUUUUAACAUAAAGCCAUCAAGAUGGAGUAAUACAACCUCAUACUCUAUCAAAUUAUAUAAUAUAGAGACGAAAUCUAUUAUUUCAAUAUAUUUUCCUGGUAAUAAUCUCUUAUUUUAUAGAUACAUUUUUGAUUGGCACUAUAUAAUUUCUUUAAGUAAUCUAUAUCUUGGAAAAAUUGUAGUUUUUGAAGAAGGUAAAGAAUCAUUAGUCCAAUGUUAUAUAGCGCAUAGCGAUACACUAGUAUAUAGGCAAGAAUUGAUACCAGAUCAUAUUAGGUCUUUGCAAAUAUUCCCAAUACUAUUACAGAUUAAGAAAAAUAUUGGAUUUGGAGUUUAUGAGAUAUCAUCAUUACGAAAUUCUGUUAGACUUUAUUUACAUAAUGCUUGCAGAUAUGAAACAUCUAUAAAUUUUUCAAUAACUAAAGGUUCUAUAUUGUGGGUUAGGAAUUUCCGUUGUUUAUUUAUUAAAAAUAGAAAAAGUCUCAUUUUAGGAUCUUGCAAGAAUUUUUCUUCACGAUUACUUGUUGGAAUUGCUGUAGAAUAUUUUUCUGAUUGGGGAUUAUACAAACACUCUAAUUUAAUCGAAUUUAAAUAUGAAUCAUAUUCACUUUCUAAUACAUUGAAUAUGCAGUUACUUAGUCAUGAAUAUUUGGAAUAUUCUGAUUCUUCAGUAGAUAUAUCACAGAAACUUCAUCUAUGGGAUAUCCGUAAUUUUUGCUAUUUUCAUUAUAAUCUUUAUGUAGACAUCUUUAAUAUAUUCCUAUCAAAUCAUGAUGAGUUUGAUAUGUUGCCAGUAAGUAUUUUAGAUGCUAUUAAAAAUAAACUAGAUUCUUCAGAUAUUAUAUACUAUCACUAUCAUAAUAGGAAUAAUACCAAUUUUAGGAAAUAUAAGAACAGUAAUAUAUGUAAGAAUGAUCAAAUAACCCAUCCUGGCCAACUUUUACUAUUACAAGAUAAGGAUCAUUACAGUAAUAAUGUAAUUUACACAGAUUGCAAUGAUCGAAUGCUAAGUACUUGGAGAUUAGCAACUAUUGAAGAGUGGUAUAUUGUAAUAGACUGCCUGACUAGAUCUGAUAUUGAUUUAAGUGUUUUGAAUGCUUUAAAUAAUGAGGUGAUAUCAAUUGAAUAUUUUGAAUACUUAUUAGAUAAUGAAAAGAUAAUAUUACCUGAUACUAGAUAUAAUUCUUAUACAAGUCAGUUUACUGAUACUCUUAGUGUAGUAUGUAAUGAAAUGGAAGAUAAUUAUCUAUCAGUAAUUUUAUUACCUGUAGGAAGUUUGAUUGGAGAGUUAUUUUUAGAUUUUGAAGAAGAUAAUAUCUUAAGUAAUUUACAUUAUAUUUGUACUCCAAAAAAUGGUUUUAAUAAAGAAACUUUUCCAGUAUUAUUUUUAUUGCAUGGACAAUUUUUAGCUAAUAUUUGGAGGGGCAAAACUAUUGAAGAAGUUUACAAACCAAGAAUUAUAUAUAUAGAAAAGUUAAUGAUAAUAUUUCAGCAGAAAAAAAUGUUUCUGAUAGUAGAACCAUCUAAUAUGAUAUUUAUUUCUCCAAAGAAUGAUAUUUCUAGCCAUAAUAUAUCUGCGACACUUUUAUUUAUUAAAUCUAAAGAGAUCAUUCGUGAACAGAAUAAUACAAAAUAUAUCUUUUAUUGUGUUCCAUUAUUUAGAUCAAUACUAAAUUUAUCUUAUUAUACUGAUCAAGAUACUUUCGAAUUAAUUGAAUUGAGUAUUGUGCCAUUGGAGAUUCCUAUUCAUUGGUACCUUUGUAUUGAAUCACAAUCAUUUAUACUUUUAACAACUAGUGAUUAUCAUUUAAAUAAUACUAUAUUAUUAGAUCCAGAAUUUGAAGAUAAACUUUUGUCACAUUUUACUAUAUCAAAUACACAUCGUAACAAUGGUACAGGUUACUACAUUACACAACUUACAUUUCCAUAUAGUGAUUUUAGCAGCAAUUCGUCAAAUUAUAUAGAAGUAAAGAAUGGUUAUGACUCAAUAAAUUCUCUUUUGUGGUUUACAAACAACAAAUUCACAUUAAAACUAGAUUUAUCGAGUGAGUCUUGGCCCGAGAAAUUUAUUAAAUUGACCCAUAUAACAGCUUUUGAUAUUAAAGAUUGGGUAAACAAUAUUGUUGACUGGUACUUAUUUAAAAAAGGUAUACCUAUAAUAUACAAUCAUACAAAUAUCGCAAGGUUUGAAAUAAUUAGUAUUUGCAAUAGAUUAAAUAAUAUAUGUGAUGUCAUACCAUUAAUAUCACUAGAAAAAGUUAAAAUUUUAGAUAUAAUACACUUCAAAGGAUAUAAUCCAUUGAAUAUAUAUGGUAAUUGGAUAGUAUUGCGUGUUACUACAGGAAGUGAACCUUUAAAGUACAAAGAUGAUAAAUAUUUACAAUUAUAUCCAAUAUGGAAUUCAGGUUGGAAUGAUAUCUGGAUAUCGAAGGAUAUAGCUAAAAACUCUUUAAUAAAUGCAAUUUUUCCAGGUCAAAUAGUAUCUAUCAAUCGAAUAUAUGCAACUAUAACUGAACAAAGUACUCCACAUACUUUAGUGAGUGGAAUUUUACAAAAUGUCAUAUUAGAAACAAUUUAUCCUACUAUGGAGAAUCACAUCGCAACUUCAGAUCAAGAUUUUAGUGUUGACCAUUUAACACCAAAUUUAAGUCCAUAUACAUCUCAGAUCUUAUCUUAUAAAAGUUUUUUAAAUUCACUAAAUUAUGGCAAUAUUAUAUUUCUUUCUUCAAUUAAAAAUAAUAAGUUACAAUUAAUAAAUUCAGAUAAGUAUGAUAAGAAAAGCACACAUAAUUUUCUCUAUUUUGACCAGUAUAAAUUUUCUUCUACCUAUAUGUAUAUUGAUACAUAUUCAGAAAUAUUUAUCCACAAACUCUAUGAAAAUAAAGAAAAUUCAGCACUUGAAUAUGAAUCAGGCCUCUUGAAAUAUUAUAAUGAUCCCAAUCCAUAUAUACUUGGACCAGAUGGAUCUCCAAUAGCUUCAAAAAUUAUAUUUUCAAAUAACCAUUCAUAUUUUCUUUCUGUUAUAAAUCAAUCAUACUGUUUUCAAAGUAAUAUAUAUAUUAAUGAAUAUAAAGAUCAUUUAUAUAACUUUUGGGAAAUUUUAUCUGAUAAGGAAUCAGAAAACUAUACUUUAGAUCCAGAUGCAAUCUUUUGUUUUAGUGGAACAAUCUUACAUAUCGAGUAUAUUGAAAUUCGUUGGUUUUGUCUUAACUGUUUGAAAGUACUUCAAGAUGGACUUGAAAAUUGUCUUUGUAAAAGUCAUAAUUCAGAUUUAUCAUCAACUUCUAUGAUUGUUACUAUUAUAGGAUCUAUAGAAAUUGACUAUCCAAAUGAUUCUCAAACAAAAAUAUUUCCCUUUGUAAUAACAAAUUGGAAUGCAAUAAAACUUUUAGCUUAUAUACAUUCAUAUGUUAAAUGCCAACCAGAAAUUACAUUAGAGUUAGCUAUUCCUAUUGCAAAAGUUCUAUGGAACAAAUUAUAUAACCAAAAGGGAUUUAGUAAUUCUUAUACAAUAUAUAAUCAUAAAGAAUUGAAAAAUCUUAGCUCUAAAAGGUUUAUAAAACCUAAAAAACAGAUUGGAAUUUUAGGAUAUGUGGAAUUAUUUGAAGAUGAAGAUCUAAUUAUUAUCCCUUUAGAUCCACUAGAAACAUUUAAAUUAGAAGCAUGUAUCAGAUUUAUACAAUCUAGUGAAGAUAAAUCUAUAUUUGCAUAUAUACAUAUUGUUAGAUGGGUUUCUAUAAAUUAUGAAUAUCAAAUAUUUAAAUAUAAUAAGUAA